UGCAGCCUCUCCAGUUCAGCAUGGCCAGAGCUCCAGGAAUACAAGUUGCCCUAGGCCUGUGGGGCCUGUGCUGGUCUCUGGCUCUUGCCUACCCUCUCUCUCCGGCCGGUGCCCCUCAGAACCAAGCUGAAGGUGGGAAUGGAACCGAGUUGACCCCAGAUGUGAUCGAACGCUGUGCAGAUAGCUGGAGCUUUGAUGCUGCCACCCUGGAUGACAAGGGGUCCAUGCUGUUUUUUAAAGGGGACUUUGUGUGGAAGAAUCGCAUGCACGUGUUGGCCAAGGAGCUAAUCACAGACACCUGGAGGAAUUUCACUGGCCCUGUGGAUGCUGCAUUCCGCCAGGGCUAUGACAGAAUCUUCCUGAUCAAGGGAGAUAAAGUCUGGGUGUACUCUCCUGAGAAGGAGGAGAAGGAGAAGGGGGAGAAGGAGAAAGGGGAGAAGGAGAAAGAGGAGAAGGGAUAUCCAAAGUUGCUCCAAGAUGAGUUUCCUGGAAUCCCGUUUCCAGUGGAUGCAGCUGUGGAAUGUCACCGUGGAGAAUGCCCAGACGAGGGCAUCCUCUUCUUCCGAGGUAACCGCACGUGGUUCUGGGACACGGCCACCAGGACGAAAAAGGAACGCUUCUGGCCAGCCGUUGGGAACUGCACCUCUGCUCUGCGGUGGCUCAGCCGCUACUACUGCUUCCAGGGCAACCAAUUCCUGCGCUUCAGCCCCGUCACGGGAGAGGUGCCUCCACAGUACCCGCGGGAUGUCCGAGACUACUUCAUGCUCUGUCCUGGCAGAGGUCAUGGGAGCGGUAGUGGCCGCAAGGAUAUGCGCUGCAGCCCAGAUCUGGUCCUGUCUGCACUGCUGUCUGACAACCAUGGCGCCACCUACGCCUUCAGCGGGUCCCACUACUGGCGCUUGGACUCCAGUCGGGAUGGAUGGCAUAGCUGGCCCAUUGUCCAUCACUGGACCCAGGGCCCUUCAGCAGUGGAUGCUGCCUUUUCCUGGGAGGACAAACUCUAUAUGAUCAAAGACACACAGGUCUACAUCUUCUUGACAAAGGGGGGUUAUCCCCUAGUAGAUGGCUAUCCAAAACGGCUGGAGAAGGAACUUGGGAGCCCUCCUGGGAUCAGCCUUGCAUCUGUAGAUGCGGCCUUUGUCUGUCCUGGGUCUUCCCGGCUUCAUAUCGCAGCAGGGCGGCAGCUGUGGUGGCUGGAUCUGAAGUUGGGAGCUCAAGCCACGUGGACGGAGCUUCCUUGGCCUCAUGAGAAAGUUGAUGGGGCCCUGUGUGUGGACAAGCCCCUCGGCUCCAACUCAUGUUCUGCCAGUGGCCCCAACUUGUACCUCAUCCACGGCCCCAAUUUGUACUGCUACAGUGACGUGGAGAAGCUGAGUGCAGCCAAAGUCCUCCCCCAGGCACAGAGAGUGGGGAGCCUCCUGGGCUGCAGGCACUGAGAGGUUCCUGGUGGACCCUGGCCCAGGCUCUUCUCACUGUUUUCUUUACAAUAAAGCCAGAGUGCUGCUCUGCUUAAAGGA